AUGAGCAACUUGCUCCUGAAACGAAGUAUCUACACAAGCGUCGCCUGCCUGUCAACCGGAAGCCUUUACUACUACACCCUCUCCCCCUCGCCCUUCACCAAGAGAGAAAAGAUGCUGCCCGCCUACGAGGCUACUUUCUCUGUCCCCAUGCACUGCGAUGCCUGCAUCAAAGAUAUAUCAGGCGCCUUGUCUAAACUUCCGGGCGUCCAGGAAACAGACUUUUCCCUCCCGAAACAACUUCUAACCACAACAUCCACUACGCCCCCCUCAGCUAUAAUAUCCACAAUCCAAGACACUGGUCGAGCGGCCAUCCUCCGUGGUUCUGGCAAGGCGAACAGCGCUGCGGUGUGCAUUCUCGAAACCCCACCUCCGCCAACUCCGCCAUCAGUGCCUGAAGCCUCGCCAGUCCGGGGUCUUGCGCGCUUAAUCGAACUGUCAGAUCGGAUAACGCUGCUGGAUAUGACGCUCACAAGCCUGCCGAAAGGAAGCUAUAAGGCGAGCAUACGGCAGAGCGGUGAUAUCUCAAAUGUUCCUGGGAGCAUGGGCGGUGUAUUUACAGGCCUGGAAGGAGACAAGACGGGCGACUUAGGAAAGCUGGAAGUGGAUGAGACUGGGAGAGGGUCGCUAGUCGGAGAGGUAGACUGGAGGGUCUGGGAGAUGGUGGGAAGGGGAGUCGUGGUCGAAAGGUUGGGAGUGGAGAAGCAAGGAGGAAAUGGUUUGGUUGUCGGUGUGGUGGCUCGGAGUGCUGGAGUAUGGGAGAACGAGAAGGUGGUCUGUGGAUGUAGUGGGAAGACGGUGUGGGAAGAGAGGGAAGAGAUGGUUGGGAAGGGAAUGUUGUAG